GUGUAACGUGCAUGCCUAUUGUUUUGUGCACUGGCGCAUUUUAUCUCGUGCUGAAGCUUUAGAUGUUGGGAAAAGUUAUCACUGAAACGGGAAAGUUUAACCAGGCAUCGUCAUUUUUCAUGACGUUUGUGUUAUUUUCUCUUUGAGAUAAAGGUUUACUACCCCGUGAGACGCUGGGACGCCGCAUAUAUAACAGGCGAGCGUUUGUGCAGCGUACAGUUUAAAGAAGCGUUCAAGAUGGCCGCCAUCGCUGUGUCCAUGUCAUCUGACUGCAGGACGGCCUACGGCGGCAGCGGCGCCAACGGGAGUGGCGGCAGCAGCGCUAACAACAGCUGCGGUCCCGAAGACCAAAUGGACAUCGAAACGAAGCUGACGAGGCCAUCUUCCAGCGACCGGUCGGAUUUUGAGUCCGGGACUCGGGCGCCGUGCUCGUCUAACGGUAGUGGCGGGGAGGACGACGAGGCGGAGGCUGUGGACCGGGAGCGGGGAGCCAUGGGCUUGAACAAACAGCGCGCCCUGGAGGGGAGCGGCCUAGUCGGCGGCAGGGAGCAGGAAGUCUCCGUGGAGAUCGGCGAAACCUAUUUGUGUCAGCGGGCUGAUAAAACUUGGCAUUCGGCCGAAGUUAUCCAGUCCAGGCUAAAUGAGCAGGAGGGACGAGAGGAGUUCUAUGUCCAUUACGUGGGCUUUAACAGAAGAUUGGAUGAGUGGGUGGGCAAGUCGCGCCUAGCCCUGACCAAAACCGUGAAAGAUGCCGUGAGAAAAAGUGUGGAGGGGGGCAGUGGUGCGGAACUGGGGGAGCAGCCGGAACGGAAGAUCACCCGAAACCAGAAGCGCAAGCAUGAUGAGAUCAAUCACGUCCAAAAGACAUACGCUGAGAUGGAUCCAACAACAGCUGCCCUUGAGAAAGAGCAUGAGGCGAUCACCAAAGUGAAGUAUGUGGAUAAGAUACAGAUCGGCAAUUUUGAGAUUGACGCUUGGUACUUCUCCCCAUUCCCCGAGGACUACGGCAAGCAGCCCAAGCUGUGGAUAUGCGAAUACUGUCUCAAAUACAUGAAAUACGAAAAGACCUUCAGAUACCACCUGUCUCAGUGUCAGUGGAGACAGCCCCCAGGGAAGGAGAUCUACAGAAAAAGCAAUAUAUCUGUUUAUGAGGUUGAUGGCCGGGACCACAAGAUAUACUGUCAGAAUUUGUGUCUACUGGCAAAACUCUUCCUGGAUCACAAGACCUUGUAUUUUGAUGUGGAGCCUUUUGUGUUCUAUAUUUUGACUGAAGUUGACAGGAAUGGAGCCCAUAUUGUGGGCUAUUUUUCCAAGGAGAAGGAGUCUCCAGAUGGAAACAAUGUUGCUUGUAUCCUCACACUACCACCUUACCAACGCCGAGGAUAUGGAAAAUUUUUAAUUGCUUUCAGUUAUGAGCUUUCUAAGCUUGAAAACACAGUUGGCUCUCCAGAAAAGCCCCUUUCAGACCUUGGGAAGUUGAGUUAUCGCAGUUACUGGUCAUGGGUGCUGUUGGAGAUCCUCAGAGAUUUCCGGGGGACAUUGUCCAUCAAGGACCUUAGUCAGAUGACCAGCAUCACACAGAGUGACAUCAUCAGUACACUACAGUCACUAAACAUGGUGAAAUAUUGGAAGGGACAGCAUGUCAUAUGUGUGACACCAAAACUGGUUGAGGAACACCUAAAGAGUGCCCAGUACAAGAAGCCACCAAUUACAGACACAGUUUGUCUAAAGUGGGCUCCACCAAAACACAAGCAGCCAAAGUUCUCUAAGAAAUAGGACAAGUGCAGGAGAAAGUGGACUAAAGAAAAUGAACAUGUGGUUAUAACGUGUAAAUGUUACCUGGUUUCCAUUUAUUGUUAUAUUGUUGGCAUCCAUUUGUUGUAAAAUGUUUUCUGUAGCUUGAAUUUUUUUUAAAUAAAUAAGAAUAGUGAUGUUCAAAAA